GCACCAAAACUGAUCGCAAUGCAAUUCACAAGAAAUGUAAAUAUUUUAUCAUAUGUCCAGUACGUAGAUUCGACGCACGGAAACGUAAUAUGUAGUGAGGUCACCGAACGGUUCUAACCGGGGAGUUUUUUUGACACCCAGACAGCAAAACGACAGGCAGUUUUCAAGCGGGCGAAAGUGUUUUUUGACGAAAAAAAUUUGCACUUAUCAAGCGGCCGGGGCUUUGUUGUCAAACAAGCCCGGUCGAAAACUAUCGAUUCGCACUUGAUAAAACGACGCAGGGGAGCCGGCAAAAGGGGCGCCCUUCUGAGGCGCCCACCGCCUUGAUUUCUGGCGAUUUGGGGCGCCCAAAAAGGGGCGCGCAAAAAACGCGCCCAAAACCAGAACAGCGAAACAGCAUGGCGCGGCCGCGAUUUCGGAGCAUUUUGGGCGGCCGCGAAAGCGGCCGCCUUUUCGCCGGUUUUAGAGCCUGGGAAGCUUUGCAAAAAGCGCUGGCGAGAAAUAUAAAAACGCAAAAAAGAAAAAGCGCGCCAGACGCGCAAAGCCAAUCCGCAUGCUAUGGGCCCGAUUUUUCCUCGCUUUUUGGGCGCCCCCCGUGGCGCCAGGAUCGGCCUCAUAGCAUGUGGGCUGGCUUUCGGAAAGGAAUUUCGAAAAUCUGCCAAAAUUUGCGACGCUUAUCAGGCGGCCGCCAUACCGUGGGGCCUAACGUUACUCACGGCGGUAUGGCGGGCCCAGAAAAAUCAAAGCCGCGGCCAAGGCGACGGCCGGCAAGAAAACGCCCACGACCUCACUACCUCCGCCUCGGCGGCUAUACUUGGUAUUUAUUAAUGCCAAGAAAAGUUAGAACUAGAAGUGAAGCCAAAUGAACGUCCACACAACUCCAAGCAGAAAGAGGUAAGUCGCAUACUAUAACCAAGAGCGCAGAGUUUAAUAGCAGAAAUAGACCAGAUGGGAUAAAAGUACAAGAGCCUAGGACCGCACGCAAGCAUUCUCUAGCUCGAUUCAAGUCGUCUUUUCUACACCCGAACACUAUGUCAAUAUUUCUGCUCUGAAACAGAGCAAGCGUUAUUUUCAGGUAU